ACUCUUGGACCAAAAAUCUAUCUUCACUGCAUCAUCAGUUGCAUCGUACAGAGAACCUCAUAUCCUUGUUUCUUUCUUUUGAUACAUACCUAUAUAUAAAAAUAAUCAGGGAAGGAAAGGAAGGGGUGUAGAGAGAGAAAACAAAUCAUCAAAGAAAUAAACAAGUAUUGAAGUGAAUGAUGAACACGAGCAGCAGUAAUUUGGAAACAAGGCCGGCCUUGCUUCAGGAGCUGCGUAGCUUCGAGAAAGGUGGCUUCUUCGACUUCGGCCACCCUCUCCUCAACCGCAUCGCUGAGAGCUUUCUCAAAGCUGCUGGGAUCGGAGCUAUUCAGGCCGUGUCACGUGAGGCUUAUUUCACAGCCACUGAAGGACUUGAUUCAAGCGGUGGCGGUAUCCCGCCGGAAAUCUCAGGCAACAAAAAGCAUCGCUUCCCUGACCUCAGAGGUGAAAACAAUACAAAAUCUCUCGAGGCUAUGGUGAAGCAUACUGGAAAGGAAUCUUUGCAAUGGGGGCUGGCUGCAGGGGUGUAUUCAGGUCUCACAUAUGGACUGACAGAGGCUCGUGGGGCGCAUGAUUGGAAAAACAGUGCAGUUGCCGGAGCGAUUACGGGGGUGGCUCUGGCACUCACAUCGGAGGGGUCGUCCCACGAGCAGAUUGUGCAAGGUGCUAUAACUGGAGCUGCCAUAUCCACUGCUGCAAAUAUUCUCUCUGGAAUAUUUUAGGCUGCUGAUUGGGGUAGGAUAAUGUGGAGAUGUGAUUUGCUGUUGGAUGCCAUAUCCACAGAGAGCUUUUCUUUGAUAAUGUGGAGAUGUGAUUUGCUCCAUCUCUUGUUUAAGAAAACUUCUGGUUAGGAUUUUUGCUUUUGGAUCGGUUAAUCAUCACCAUAAAGAAUUUUCAGGGUCUACUAGACCUUUUUUCUUGUAUGGUUUUUGCGUAAACUUCACUGGUUUAAAUGUUGGGUUAUU